CCCUUCCCCCAGUCAGUGGAGCUUGGAAAAGCAGAGUGGAACUUGGAUUGUUUAUGCAGCAGCUUCCUACUGUUCUGAAAGGGGCUGUGAAUUUGUCUUAGUAAGAGACAAGAGGUAGCAUUAGGAUGUCUUUGGAUGCUCCUGGGGUACAGGUGAGGCCCUUGGUGGCCAGUGGCUGUGCAGGCUCCCUGUCCCCUGUGAGGAGAGCAGUGCAAAGAUGCAGUUCACAAGCUUGCAGGAUACGAGGAGGCACUGUCCCCAGCAGGGACCUGGCCCUCCCCACAGAGCAGCUAAAGUCAGUAGCUAAAGGAAGAGCUGAGCUGCAGCAGGGCCUGUAGCUGAAUAUAGGUAAGGUGGUGAAUGACAGGUUCUUUCCUAUCCCUCAUGCUGCUGUCUGUCCACAGAGCACAAGGGCAGCGUCAGCACCUGCUCUGGCUGCCUCUGUACCUGAGGAAGAGGCUGAAGAGGAUGAAGGUGCCGAUGAACCUGGCCCUGCGGUCAGCCCACGGCCGGAGCAAACAACACCAGUAAGUGCCCGCUUUGGGUAGCAGCGUCUUUGGUGUCAUUUUGUCCGUCAUGUAAAAGCAGCCUUUGGAUUUUGUGCCUUGAGCUGUUGAAGCGGGCUGCACAAGCUGAGAGGUGAAGAGCCCUGGGUGUGGCCAGCAGCAUCUUCCUAGGGGCUUGCAUUUGAAAUGGAAUGGGGGCAUCUCUGCCAGGCUCAUUUGUGACCCAAAUUCAUUUCUUGUCCCAGAGCUCCAUCUCCUCUGUCCUGGCACCUGCACGAGCUGCAGCUGAAGGCUCGGGAGAAGGCUCCAGUGCCCAGGCUGGAAGCUCAAGCACGAGCAGCUCGUGCACCUGGAGCACGACCAGCUCGUCUGGCAGCAGAGAGCAGCAGCGAGAGAGGACAGAGGACAAGUGCCUGGCCAUGCUGAAGAUGCUGGUGAGCGAGGGAGAUCCUGAGGCUAAAUACACAGAACUGGAAAUUCUUGGCAAAGGGUGAGUGCAGCCACAGUUCCUUCUUCAAAGAGAGGGGCAGUGUGUUUUGCUCGUGUCCCAUCUCCCCAGAGUGACAUCAGGCAAGUUCCAAAGCUGUUCAGACACUGCGUUAAGAUGAUGCCAGGUGAUCUCUCAAUGCUGGCCAGCAUUUAUAGCUGUGUUGUGAAAGCACAGCCAAGACACCUGGAUGCUGGCAAUGUCUUGUCUGCGGCAAAGAGCGGCACCUGGCAGCUCUCCUGUCCCUCAAGUGUGUUUGCACCUGUUUGCCGCUUUUCAUAGGAGAAAUAAUUUUUGAGUGUCUCAAAAGAAUACAGAAUACGUGGGAAUGAAAGGAGGAGAAACUUCAUUGUCUCAAAGGUCAAGCUAGCAGCUGACAGCUGUCAGGGAACAGCUCUCAGUAACAUUUCUUUCCAAUAUUUUGCUGCAAAUAAAAUUCAGUAGUCAGGAUGACCACCACCUAGUCUAGAAGCCAAAAGCAGCAAUGAAAGAAGCAGCUCUCUUUUGUGGCUGCGGUGGCAAAAGACAAAGUUUCAGGGGCAUGCCCAGUGGCAAUGCACUCUAGAGGAAAAGGCAUCAUCUGCCUGAUGGCAGACUCCUCGUGGAUCCUGUGGGGUUUAGGCGUUUGCUGCAAAGAAUCCACCAAGCUAUUCCCUUUGAAAGCCAGCUCUGCUGACUGUAGAUGGGAUUGAUUUGCAACAUUUUCUCUGUACCAGGUGUUCUGGUUUAGGGCGAAUUUUGGAGGAAACCUCCAGAAAGGGCCCCUCCUAAAAGCAAACCCACAUGGCCACUGCCCCCAGCCAGUUUGGGAAUAAUUUCCUCAGACAGAAGUGGAAAGAAAUUGUUUAUUUAACAGGGAAAUCACUCCCCAGCACACAAAAUGAACAAUACCGGAUGACAAAACUCAUUUGCUGCUCUGAAGAGAUGGCAAGUUCAGAAAGUCUCUCCUGGGGGUUGUCAUUCUCCAGUGCUGGGAAAGGCUGCAGAGUAGGCCCUGGUGGGCUACAAAGUGUGAGCUCUCGGUGUUUUGCUGGGUCCCAGUCUGGAGCAGGUUCGAAUGGCUCCAAGAAAAGGGAAAGAAAAACACUAAAGGCGAAACUCAGACUACCUUAGCUAGCUAAACUAACUAAAAAGCAAAAGGAGUGUGGUGUGUGGCCCCAUCUGUGCCCAGACCACAACACUGGAGUUCUGUGUUCCAGCAGACUGCGGGGGAGAGUGCAGCUGAUAACAAAACUCUGUGCUCCCUCUUCUCCUGGCCCCUACUGUCUGAUCCCGUCUUGGAGGCACAGAAUAUAACAUCCAGCAUAAACAGAACAAAUGACUGGGGAAACAAGCAUCAUAACGUCACCCCAGAACAGAAGCCAAAUGUACAAGAAGUCGCCAGAAAAGUGGAGUCCUUCCAGUGUCUGUUGCAUCGAAGAGAAGCAGCUGCCAAUGGCUCUGGACCCAGAACAUAGCUGCCUAAGGACCCUGUGUUUUGAGGAUUUCUCCAUUUGUGUGCAGCAAUGGAAGCCUUUGCCUGCUAUGGCUGUGGCUGGACACUACUUUCCUUGCAAGCUGGAGAAGGGAUCUGUGUCUAGAGGCUUUCCUCCAAUGGCUGUUACAUGGCUUCAGGCUUCUCAGAAAAGCCUGAGUGGUAGUGCUUGAGUUUGGCAGACAGACUCCAAGGAGAGGUGUAAGAAGACCCAACGGGCAUAUUCCUGGAAAAAUCCGACACAUGCACAGCUAGAGAAAGAGAAAAGGGAGAAAAGACCCAGAGAAGAAUCUGUCAUGUUCCAUUUACUCUUUGCUCCAGGACUUUGUUCCUGUUGGACUGCAGUGUUUUGCACUAGCAGGGACUAAAGGACUUGUUCUUUCUCUGCUGCUGUUUUGUUUCUAGGGGUUUCGGCACUGUGUGCAUGGCAGUGGAGACUGCCACAGGAGAAGAGGUGGCCAUCAAGAAAAUUAGUCUCCUGCAAGAGAGCAGCAGCGAGCUGUGCCUGAAUGAAAUCCAGGUCAUGCAUGGCAGUAAGAAUGCCAACCUUGUGAACUAUGUAGACAGCUACCUGGUGGAUGAGGAACUCUGGCUGGUGAUGGAAUACAUGGACGGAGGUUCUUUACAUGAUGUCAUCAGGGAGACUCGCAUGGCAGAAGGAGAGAUAGCAACUGUCUCUCGGGAGUGCCUGCAAGGCCUGGAUUUCCUGCACUCCAAGCAAGUGAUCCACCGAGAUAUCAAAAGCCACAACAUUCUCCUGGGCUUGGAUGGAUCAGUCAAGUUGGCUGAUUUUGGCCUUGCUGCUCAGCUCACCACCGAGCAGAACAAACGGAGAUCAGCUGUUGGAACAACUUACUGGAUGGCGCCAGAAAUUUUCACCAGGAAGCCCUAUGGCCCCAAAGUGGACAUCUGGUCCUUUGGCAUCGUGGGGAUCGAGAUGGUGGACGGAGCGCCUCCGUACCUGAUGAAAACCUCCCGCACGGUUCAACAGCUGAUAAGCACCGGGGCCCCCCCGAAGCUGCAGAAGCCCAGGCAGCAGUCGGCGUGGCUGCGAGACUUUCUGCACUGCUGCCUGGAGAGGGACGAGGACAGGCGCUGGUCUGCCCAGGAACUUCUGCAGCAUCCAUUUGUAAGAUCAGCCAAGCCAGCCUCCUCCCUGACGCCUCUGAUCAUGGCCACGCAGGAGUUCAUGGCCGACAGGAGAUACUAGCCCUGGAGGAGGCCUUUGUUGUUGUUUGUUGUUUGAAGUUUGUAGUUUGUAGUUUAUAGCUUGUAGUUUGUAGUUUGUUAUGAGUGA